AGGCGCGUUCCAUCACAUCCUUGUGUGGCUGCGGUGCCCAGCGCCCUCCCUCAGUCAACAACUUACUGAGGCGCCUUUUCUUUCACAAGAGGAUGUCAGCUCCGAGCCCCUGCAAGAAAUAACAGACUUCACCUUGGAAUAGUUCAUCCACUCCUGCUUCAUUAAGGAGGAUUUUGAAAAGAAAACCCCAAUCAAGUUCCCUUUCCAGCCCCACUUUGUUCCCGAAUUGAAUAGAAACCGUGUCCGGCUCCUGGACCCAAUCACAGACACACAUAAGAAAAUAUAUCAUCAAACAUUCAUAAAGCGAAUUAUAAGGUAGAAAAUGGUUGCCCCUGUUCACCAGCUGUGAAGACUUAGAAACACACAACUACGGCUUUGGUCCUCUAAGUGUUUCAGGAUGUAAAUGUAGCCUGACCUUUCCCUGAUGGGCUGUUAAAUCAUGGACAUGCUAAACAAGUUUCUUCGGACUGUCCUUCCAGAAGAUGCUUUGGCCUCUCUCUCGAAUGCUCACUAGGCAUUUGUAGCUGACAAGGAAAAGCAAGAAGGCUGUGAACUGGAAAGUUCUCUUACAAUGAAAAUUACGAGCACCUCCUGCAUCUGCCCAGUCCUCGUGUGUCUCUGUUUUGUGCAGAGGUGUUAUGGGGCCACUCAUCACAGCUCCAUCAAGGGGACCAGAAACCAAACCAAACACAUCGAAGGUGAAACCGAAGUCCACCACCGUCCUAAAAGGGGAUGGGUUUGGAAUCAGUUCUUUGUUUUAGAAGAACAUAUGGGACCAGAUCCACAGUAUGUUGGAAAACUGCACUCCAAUUCUGACAAAGGUGAUGGGUCUGUCAAGUACAUCCUUACUGGAGAAGGUGCUGGGACUAUUUUUAUCAUUGAUGAUACCACGGGUGACAUCCACUCAACAAAAAGCCUAGACAGGGAGCAGAAGACCCACUAUGUACUUCAUGCUCAGGCUAUUGACAGACGAACAAACAAGCCCCUUGAGCCUGAAUCCGAGUUUAUCAUCAAAGUGCAAGACAUCAAUGACAAUGCUCCAAAGUUCACAGAUGGACCGUACAUUGUAACUGUGCCUGAAAUGUCAGAUAUGGGUACCUCUGUUCUACAGGUGACAGCUACUGAUGCAGAUGACCCUACCUAUGGGAACAGCGCUCGAGUGGUUUACAGUAUUCUCCAGGGACAGCCCUACUUCUCCGUAGACCCUAAAACAGGAGUUAUUAGAACUGCCUUACAUAAUAUGGACAGAGAAGCCAGAGAACAUUACUCAGUGGUCAUUCAAGCCAAAGACAUGGCUGGGCAAGUUGGAGGGCUUUCAGGAUCCACCACAGUCAACAUCACCCUGACAGAUGUCAAUGACAACCCCCCAAGGUUUCCUCAGAAGCACUAUCAGCUGUAUGUUCCUGAGUCAGCUCAAGUUGGUUCAGCUGUUGGGAAAAUCAAGGCAAAUGAUGCAGACACUGGCUCAAAUGCGGACAUGACAUACUCCAUCAUUAAUGGUGACGGUGUUGGCAUAUUCUCCAUUUCCACUGACAAAGAGACAAGAGAAGGGAUCCUUUCCUUAAAAAAGCCGCUGAACUAUGAGAAAAAGAAGUCAUAUACCCUCAACAUAGAAGGAGCCAAUACACACCUUGAUUUUCGCUUUUCUCACUUGGGUCCUUUUAAAGAUGCUACCAUGCUGAAGAUCAUUGUCGGGGAUGUAGAUGAACCACCACUAUUUUCCAUGCCUUCCUAUGUCAUGGAAGUCUAUGAAAAUGCCAAGAUCGGGACAGUUGUUGGCACAGUUUUGGCCCAAGACCCUGACAGUGCUAAUAGCUUAGUAAGAUACUUCAUUGACUACAAUGCUGAAGAUGAUAGAUUUUUUAACAUCGAUGCCAACACUGGAACCAUUAAGACUACCAAGGUUCUUGAUAGAGAAGAAACUCCAUGGUACAACAUCACAGUUGCUGCUUCAGAAAAUGACAAUCCGAGCUUGCUGAGCCGUGUCACAGUGGGUAUUAGAGUUCUGGAUGUCAAUGACAAUCCACCCGAGCUUGCCAGGGAAUAUGAUAUUGUUGUCUGUGAAAAUUCUAAGCCUGGUCAGGUUAUUCAUACCAUCAGUGCCACUGAUAAAGACGAUUUUGCCAAUGGACCAAGGUUUAAUUUCUUUCUUGAUGAACAUCUGUCUGUAAACCCAAACUUCACUCUGAAAGAUAAUGAAGAUAACACAGCCAGCAUUCUGACAAGGCGGAGGAGAUUUAGUCGAACUAUUCAGGAUGUGUAUUAUCUCCCCAUUAUGAUCUCUGACGGUGGAAUCCCCUCUCUCAGCAGCAGCAGCACCCUCACCAUCAGGGUUUGUGCAUGCGAGAGAGAUGGGCGCGUGCGGACCUGCCAUGCCGAAGCCUUCCUCUCCUCGGCUGGUUUGAGUACAGGAGCCUUAAUCGCUAUUCUUCUGUGUGUUGUCAUUCUCCUAGCGAUUGUUGUACUUUUCAUCACCCUGAGACGUAGCAAAAAAGAGCCCCUGAUCAUUUCAGAGGAGGAUGUGCGGGAGAAUGUGGUCACCUACGAUGAUGAGGGGGGCGGUGAGGAAGACACGGAGGCCUUUGACAUCACCGCCUUGAGGAAUCCAUCUGCUGCCGAGGAGCUCAAGUACCGCAGAGAUAUCAGACCGGAAGUGAAACUUACCCCCAGGCACCAGACAUUGUCCACCCUGGAAAGUAUAGAUGUUCAGGAAUUUAUUAAGCAAAGACUAGCGGAAGCCGACCUAGACCCCAGCGUCCCUCCUUAUGACUCUCUGCAGACUUACGCCUACGAGGGUCAGAGAUCAGAAGCUGGAUCCAUCAGCUCCCUGGAUUCAGCAACUACUCAAUCAGACCAGGAUUAUCAGUACCUUGGAGACUGGGGGCCCGAGUUUAAAAAAUUAGCUGAACUCUAUGGAGAAAUAGAAUCUGAAAGAACAACUUAGGGGGUCAAUCCUUGCAACCUUCUAGAAUUUGCUUCCUGAGCAAAUGGAGAUGUAACCUCAGCAAUGGCAAGGAAGAAGCUUGGAAACAGUACUUGGAACUGAACAAGCAGAGCACAGCUACUGUAGAAACAAGUGCCCUUUUCAUGAUUGAAACUGGGUUAUUUAAAGGGAAGAAAGUCAAAUUAAAAAAAAAAAAAGAAAAAAUCAGAGCAAAAGCUAUUGUUCCUUGUGUAUAUUUUCAAUCGCUCAAUAAAGUCUGUGUACUGUUUAAUGAAGAA